ACCUGAGUGUAACUCUGUAUAGAGGGGGCAUGGGCCCACUUUUGAUCCGGCCCGAUAAACCAGUACUGUUAGACAGACCAACUAUGUAUCGGUUUUAGUUGAUCCCAGCCCAUUAGAUUUAGGCCCACUAGACUAGUGGAUCCAAUUAACCGGCCCAUGGUGACCUCUGCCACUUGAAAAAAAGAGAAUAAAACGAGAGGCUAUGAGAGAAUUUGAACGCAAUCCCACUUCAAAGCUGAACCAGAAACUACAAGACCCAAACUUUGACACCGGGUCCCCAAAUCCGAAAUUAACCAAUCAAUGAUCACCACGUGGCACCCUACCCAAAUCUGGAUCUUGUUCACUAGGUACAUUGAACCUGGACGCCAUUCCCUCUUCCUUUCAAAUUUAGCGUCUCCGCGAAGCUCUCGCUUCUCCAUUCGAAUCCUCACGACGUCUCGAUUUCUCCCGGAAAUGGCUCCUCCUCCGGCGAUGAUACCGAUUCCGGAUCCGAGCUCCGGCAGCGCGUUGAAGGCGCUGGGGAGGAAAACGGCGACGGCAACGGCGGAGGAGGAGGAGGAGUUGGAGGAGCUGAGAAAGAGGAACGCGGAGCUGGAGAGGAAGGUCAAGGAAGGGAGAGAGAGGGAGGAGAGAUUAGCGACGGACCUUGAGAGGGUUUUGGAGAGGCUUCGGACGGUGGAGGAGGCGGAGGAGAGACUUUGCGCGCAGCUUGGAGAGUUGGAGGCGGAGUCAGUGGCGCAUGCUCGGUCUUAUCAUCACCGGAUCAAGGAACUCCAUGAUCGGCUGGCAAAUGCUCAGAGGAUCCUCGAUUCCUCAUCUUCAUCGAUCGUCCCUUAAAUCAUGAUUUUUUAUAUUAUUUAUUUAUUUAUUUAUUUCUCUGAAUGGAGAUGGAGAGAGAAGCGGAUCAAUGGAAUGGGUUUUAAGAUGCACUUGUGAAUUUACAAAAAAAAGAAAAAAAGAAAUUGUAUUUA